AUGUAUGUGUGUGAAUUUUCCAAAAUUUCGUCUCAGAAAUCAAUAAGACAAUUAAGGCAGGAUCCCAGUCCUCCUUUUUUGUCAAAUUUUAAGCAAGAUGGUUUGGCGAUACAUACUUUAUACAACGGGUCCAAGUUUCAUGGAUUUCAAAAGUCGCAGGGAAAUUCUUAUGACGUUGAAGUAAUUUUACAGCAUAUUGAUUUGGAAAGUUCUUUUUUGUGUGGCUUUUUAAAAAUAAGUGGAUUAACUUUUGAAUUUCCUACGUUAACAACAUUCUUCGAUGGAGAAAUAAUAUCACAGAAAUAUCCAUUUCUAACAAGAAAAUGGGAUGCAGACGAAGAAACGGAUAAAGCACAUUGGAGCAAAUUUAAAGCAUUUGAAGAAUACCAAGAAACGUUUAACUCGGAUGCUUUUGAUUAUAGCAAAUUGGCUAAGAGCGACUAUAUAUUCAUGCGGUGGAAGGAGCAUUUUCUUGUGCCGGAUCAUACAAUACGUGACAUAAAUGGAGCAUCAUUCGCUGGAUUUUACUAUAUAUGUUUUACUAAAUCUACAGGGAAAGUAGAAGGAUACUACUACCAUAGAUCUUCAGAAUUAUACCAAUCCAUUGACCUUAAUCAUGUUUUGGAAAAAUGUAUUCAGAUAUAUGAAUUUAGAUAAAUAUAUGUAUUUGCCUAAUUUACAACCAGUAAUGUUUCGAUGCUGUGUAUUUUUAAAUUAUUAUGCAACUGGAAUAAAUCGAGAAAUGAAUAGAUAAA